AUGAUCAAUUGGUUAUUCAAGAGUCUUUGCAGAAAUAAUUUACCCCUCGUAAAAUCUGCAGAGUUAUCCAGACUGAUAUGUUCGUCUUCUUUGGCUCUAGGAAUCCCUAAAAAAAACAAAUUGCCUCCACGUCCACUCUGGCUCAUUAAAGAAGAAGAAAUCGAUGAAGAGUUUUUGAAAGGAGGAAGAGGACCUGGCGGACAAAAGAUCAACAAGAGCAAUAGCAAAGUCCAGCUCACGCACAAGCCAACUGGAAUAGUUGUUACAUGUCAGUAUUCUAGAUCACAAGAGCAGAACAGGAAAAAAGCUCGAGAAAUAUUGGCCUUGAAAUUGGAAGAGUUGCAAGAUCCAGAGAACAGUCGAACAGCUAUAUUGAAUAAGCGAAAAUCUAUGGUUAAGCAAAGCAAAGCAAAGAAGUCCAAGAAAAAGUAUUCUCGAAUAGAGGAGGAAAGAGAAGCACAGAAAAUGAAAGAACAAGAGGCUAUGUCUGAAUUGAUCGAUUUGGAUGCAGAAUUAGAUCUUCUUCUAAGUAAGAACAAGUAA